CGAAAGCCGUCACGUCGACGGAAAUUUUCAUUCAGAACGAAUUUUUUUGGUGUUUCAACGAGAAAAAGUUCCGAAAAUGGGAUGUUUUGAGCGAUUUCCCACCGUUUCCUAUUGCUGCGGAUGCAUCAGUCUCGAGGCAGGAGCCUUCACCUUGGGCAUCCUCAAGCUGAUCAUGUCGUGGACGAUCAUUCUGCUUGCGGCAUACGCUCUAAGUGACUACGAGGCACGACUUGAACGAGGCGAAGAGGAAUUCGUUUAUAUCUUCACGGGUUUGGCCAUUUACGAGGUACUGGUGUCUGUGGCGGCAAUUUUAUUGAUAUUCGGAACGUUCAAAAAAAAUAUGCGUUUGGUUCAUGUUUAUUUGUGGUUCGAGUUGAUUCUUGUAAUUUUCACGCUCGUUCACGUCAUUCUAGCGACAGCUUAUCAAUUUACGGGACGCGAUCCCUUGCGACAAGGAUACUUGAUGUUACUUCUUGCGUUCUUCAUGAAACUCUAUUUCUACAUCUGUGUCAUCUCGUAUUACGUGGAAAUGCAUCGUCAGAAAAUCCGGGCGGCGUACGCUUGUUCCAUGGGAUUGGCAAGUGCUCCGCCGGCACCGAUUGUCGCUCAGUCGUACAUGUAUCCGCACAUUUAUUAUGCCUCGACGUCAUAAUUUUUGCAUUUUUAU